CAUUCCGUGGAACGUCACAUGAAGAAGACCCACACGUUUAUGCUGAUGAAUUAUAGAUGAAAGGUUAGCUGAAAAUGCAGAUUCGGUCCCAUGCACAAACAUUCGAUUUGUACAGCAAACGACGGUUGUCCGACGGACGUUACAACUCACUCCGCCUCAUACCCCGACGAGGAGAUGAAUCCUGCCGAGCCUUAAUAAAGUCAUCUCUUACUGGGAACACCUUGUUUUUCUGAAUUCACUCUGGGUAGCACAGCGACACAACAGACGCACGAUGCUUGGAACCUUUAAAUAUGGGACAGCGGCCGUUCUGAUACUAUUUAGUGCGUUGCUCCUUAUCACUGGAGACGCUGAGGAGGGAAUUUUUACAAACCAUCUUUUGGUCCAAUUACAUGAGGGUGGGGAUGAAGAAGUCCAUCAACUUACGGUAGAGUAUGCCUUCGGAAGUGCCAGGAAGCUCCCUUUUGGCGAAAGGCUUUAUCAUUUCUACCCACGGGACGCUCCUAAGACCAGGAGGAAACGCAGCCUUCGUCGCCACCAACGUCUGGAGAAGGACCAACGGGUGAAAAAUGUGAUUGUUCAGGAGGGCUUUGCUCGUCAGAAGAGAGGCUACCGUGACAUCAAUGGCAUUGACAUCAGUAUGAAUGACCCACUCUUCACUAAGCAGUGGUAUCUUAUAAAUACAGGGCAGGCAGAUGGCACUCCCGGGCUGGACCUAAAUGUGGCUGAGGCUUGGAAGAUGGGCUACACUGGGAAAGGAGUGACCAUCGCCAUAAUGGAUGAUGGCAUUGACUAUCUACACCCAGACCUUGCUUCAAAUUAUAAUGCAGAGGCCAGCUAUGACUUCAGCAGCAAUGACCCAUACCCGUACCCCCGCUACACAGAUGACUGGUUUAACAGUCAUGGUACCAGGUGUGCUGGGGAGGUGUCAGCAGUCGCCCACAACAACAUCUGUGGAGUAGGUGUGGCCUACAACUCCAAGGUGGCAGGCAUUCGUAUGCUGGACCAGCCUUUCAUGACAGACAUCAUUGAAGCCUCCUCCAUCAGCCACAUGCCACAGAUCAUUGACAUCUACAGUGCCAGCUGGGGUCCCACCGAUGACGGCAAGACAGUGGAUGGGCCCCGCGAACUCACCCUGCAGGCUAUGGCAGACGGUGUCAACAAGGGCCGAGCAGGGAAAGGAAGCAUCUAUGUGUGGGCCUCAGGGGAUGGUGGUAGCUAUGAUGACUGCAACUGUGAUGGCUAUGCCUCUAGCAUGUGGACCAUCUCCAUCAACUCGGCGAUCAAUGAUGGGCGCACAGCCCUUUAUGAUGAGAGCUGCUCCUCCACACUGGCUUCCACUUUCAGCAACGGCCGUAAGAGGAACCCUGAGGCGGGCGUGGCCACUACAGACCUGUAUGGAAACUGCACGCUGCGUCACUCUGGCACAUCAGCCGCUGCCCCUGAGGCAGCCGGGGUGUUCGCCUUGGCAUUGGAAGCUAAUCCAAACCUGACGUGGCGGGACAUGCAGCACCUGACCGUUCUAACUUCCAAGAGGAACAAGUUGCACGACGAGGUACACCAGUGGAGGAGGAAUGGUGUGGGCCUGGAGUUCAACCACCUGUUCGGCUACGGCGUCCUGGAUGCUGGCGGCAUGGUCAAGCUGGCCCGUGACUGGAGGACAGUGCCGGAGCGAUUUCACUGCGUGGCUGGCUCCGUGCAGGAGGCACAUAAGAUCCAAUCGAGCGAAAAGCUGUCACUUGUCAUCUCCACUGACGCCUGCCAGGGCAAGGACAACUUUGUGCGCUACCUAGAGCAUGUCCAGGCUGUGGUGACGGUGAAUGCCAGCCGCCGUGGCGACCUCUCCAUCAACAUGACGUCGCCCAUGGGCACAAAAUCCAUCCUUCUUAGCCUCCGGCCACGCGACAGUGAUGCCAAGGUGGGCUUUGACAAGUGGCCCUUCAUGACCACACACACCUGGGGCGAGGACCCCCGUGGCACAUGGCUGCUGGAGAUGGGCUUUCGCGGCGAGGCCCCACAGAGCGGCGUGCUCAAGGAGUGGACCGUCAUGCUGCACGGCACCCAAAGUGCCCCUUACAUAGACCAGGUGGUGAGGGACUACCAGUCCAAACUGGCCAUGUCCAAAAAGGAGGAGCUGGAGGAAGAACUGGACGAGGCCGUGGAGAGGAGCCUGAAGAGCCUGAUGAGGAAAGGCAACUAGCCCCGCCCACCCCCACCCCCGAUAACCUGCAUGACACUUGACUGCUCUCUCGCUUUCUUUCUGUCCUUCACUCUGUCUCACAAUCUCAGUGUGUCUCCUUUGUGCUCCUUCUUUCACUGCUCUUUUUAGGUUGUUUUUUUUUCUCCUGUGGUCCCAGACUGAAUGAAUGCUUCAUGUAGCUCCAUGAUAAUAAAAAGGUAUAUUCCCAAAAAUGAUUCGUUCUACAUGCAAAGUAUUAGGUUAUGCUUUUUGCAUUUUUCAUUUUUCCUUUUUUUUUUUUUUUUUUUACAAUUAACAAAAACUGUAAAUACACAGAAUAGAUCAAUAUUACAUUACGUUCUUGCUUACCUUACUGUUCACUCCUUUACAAAGACAACAGUUGUACAGUUUGUGACUGUAAAUUAUUUUCCAUGUCAUUAUACCUAACGUUUAAGCAGUGACAUUCCUUUCUGUUAUAUUUUUGUGAGGAAGAGACGUUUAUAUCUAAUGAGGAGAUGGAACGCGUGAUCGCAGCUUGUGGCUGACAGCAACAUAUUUCAUAACCUUCAGUAUAUCUAAAUAAAUCUGUUCUGCUGUUUGUUAAA